AUGGAUCCUAUCAAAUAUUUUACAUUUUCUAUGAUCAUCUCUAUUUUAGGUCAAUCAUUUGCUUCAUUGGUUUCAAUGGUGGCGGCUGCGGAAUCAGCUAUUGGGUUAGCCAUUUUCGUUAUAACUUUCCGAGUCCGAAGGACUAUUGCUGUAGAAUUUAUUAAUAGCAUUCAAGGUUAA